GUCACACCCUGAAUAAUGACGAAUACCUAUCCUACUGUUACUGAUCACCUAGUAAUAAUCUUGUAGUUCACAUUACUCAUUUUUCACCAAAUUCUUUUGGUGAAGGACGCUUCAGAAACGGCCAUUACUGAAGAGCAGACCCAUCUGGGUUCUCCACGCAUUCUAGACUCCCGAAGAGCUCAUGGUUUUUGGCUAGACCUGUGAUCAUUUUCGCUGGACUUCACUGCAUGCUUUCUCAGUAUCUCCUUCGUCCCUAAUGUGUGACACCUCAUCAUGGACAUGCUACUUUAGCUAAGGCAUGGCCAGCAAUGAACAGCAGUAAGAUAAUGUGCUGAUUAGAAGGCUCACUUGUGCAGUGUGGAGGAUAACCAGUGCCUUACAAAAUGGGAUUUGGGAGUGACCUGAAGAAUUCACAUGAAGCAGUGUUAAAAUUGCAAGACUGGGAAUUACGGUUACUGGAAACAGUAAAGAAAUUUAUGGCCCUGAGAAUAAAAAGUGAUAAAGAAUAUGCAUCUACUUUACAGAACCUUUGUAAUCAAGUUGAUAAGGAAAGUACUGUCCAAAUGAAUUAUGUCAGCAAUGUAUCCAAGUCUUGGCUACUUAUGAUUCAGCAGACAGAACAACUUAGUAGGAUAAUGAAGACACAUGCAGAGGACUUGAACUCUGGACCUUUACACAGGCUCACCAUGAUGAUUAAGGACAAGCAGCAGGUGAAGAAAAGUUACUUAGGUGUUCAUCAGCAGAUAGAGGCAGAGAUGAUCAAGGUUACAAAAACAGAAUUGGAGAAGUUAAAAUCCAGCUAUAGACAAUUAAUAAAAGAAAUGAAUUCUGCCAAAGAGAAAUAUAAAGAAGCUUUAGCUAAAGGGAAGGAAACUGAAAAGGCCAAGGAACGAUACGAUAAAGCGACAAUGAAACUUCAUAUGUUGCACAAUCAGUAUGUAUUGGCAUUGAAAGGGGCACAGCUCCAUCAGAAUCAGUAUUAUGAUAUCACACUUCCCCUGCUUCUGGACUCCUUACAAAAGAUGCAAGAAGAAAUGAUAAAAGCACUCAAAGGUAUAUUUGAUGAAUACAGCCAGAUAACCAGUCUUGUCACAGAGGAGAUAGUGAAUGUCCAUAAAGAGAUUCAAAUGUCGGUUGAACAGAUAGAUCCUAGUACAGAAUACAAUAAUUUCAUAGAUGUUCACAGAACAACGGCUGAUAAAGAACAAGAAAUAGAGUUUGAUACUUCCUUAUUGGAAGAAAAUGAAAAUCUUCAGGCAAAUGAGAUCAUGUGGAAUAAUUUAACAGCAGAAAGUUUGCAAGUAAUGUUGAAAACCUUAGCAGAAGAACUUAUGCAAACACAGCAGAUGCUUUUAAACAAGGAGGAGGCUGUUUUGGAGUUAGAGAAGAGAAUUGAAGAAUCUUCUGAGACUUGUGAGAAGAAAUCUGAUAUUGUGCUUCUGCUAAGCCAAAAACAGGCACUUGAGGAACUGAAGCAGUCAGUCCAGCAGCUGAGAUGCACUGAAGCAAAGUUUUCAGCACAGAAGGAAUUGCUAGAGCAAAAAGUGCAAGAAAAUGAUGGGAAAGAGCCACCUCCAGUAGUAAAUUAUGAAGAAGAUGCACGAUCAGUUACAUCUAUGGAAAGAAAGGAGAGGCUAUCCAAAUUUGAAUCUAUUCGUCAUUCAAUUGCUGGAAUAAUUAGGUCUCCAAAAUCCGCACUGAGCUCUUCAGCACUUUCUGAUAUGAUCUCCAUCAGUGAGAAGCCUUUGGCAGAACAGGACUGGUACCAUGGUGCAAUUCCCAGAAUAGAAGCUCAAGAACUGUUAAAAAAACAAGGAGACUUUUUGGUGCGAGAGAGUCAUGGGAAACCUGGUGAAUAUGUCCUUUCUGUAUAUUCUGAUGGACAGAGGAGACAUUUUAUCAUACAAUAUGUUGAUAACAUGUAUCGAUUCGAGGGCACUGGAUUUUCAAACAUUCCUCAACUUAUAGAUCAUCACUAUACAACGAAACAGGUCAUCACUAAGAAAUCGGGUGUAGUUCUGCUGAAUCCUAUUCCUAAGGACAAGAAAUGGAUUCUCAGUCAUGAAGAUGUCACAUUGGGAGAAUUACUGGGCAAGGGAAAUUUUGGUGAAGUAUAUAAGGGCACAUUAAAGGAUAAAACUUCUGUUGCUGUUAAAACAUGUAAAGAAGAUCUUCCUCAGGAAUUGAAAAUAAAAUUUUUACAAGAAGCCAAAAUUCUCAAGCAAUAUGAUCAUCCGAAUAUUGUCAAACUUAUAGGAGUUUGCACACAAAGACAGCCUGUCUACAUCAUUAUGGAACUGGUUUCAGGAGGUGAUUUCCUCACCUUUCUGAGAAGGAAGAAGGAUGAACUAAAACUCAAACAGUUAGUGAAAUUUUCAUUAGACGCUGCUGCUGGUAUGUUGUAUCUCGAGAGUAAAAACUGUAUACACAGGGACCUUGCUGCAAGAAACUGCCUGGUGGGUGAAAAUAAUGUUCUGAAAAUCAGUGACUUUGGAAUGUCUCGUCAAGAGGAUGGUGGAGUGUAUUCAUCUUCUGGCUUAAAGCAGAUUCCCAUUAAAUGGACAGCACCAGAAGCUCUUAAUUAUGGGAGAUACAGUUCGGAGAGUGACGUGUGGAGCUUUGGCAUCCUUCUCUGGGAGACCUUCAGCUUAGGGGUUUGUCCGUACCCUGGAAUGACAAAUCAACAAGCAAGAGAGCAAGUAGAAAGAGGAUACCGGAUGUCAGCUCCCCAGAACUGUCCAGAGGAUAUUUUUAAAAUCAUGAUGAAGUGUUGGGAUUAUAAACCUGAAAAUCGCCCUAAGUUCAGUGAACUUCAGAAAGAGCUCACUAUCAUCAAGAAAAAACUCACAUAGUGACAGGAUGGCGCCAAACCCAGCCUUCAGGACUCUGUCCUCCAGCAGAGUAACGUUAUUGUCCUCAUUAACAAUGAAUUUAUACCACAUUA